AUGAAGAACAUCAUUUCUCUUGGGACUUUAGAGGCAGCUGGAUAUAGAGUGAUCUUAGAUGAUGCUACAGUGAAGGUCAUGAAUGGUUCCAUGGUGGUGAUGCGAGGUGUUAGGGAAAAUAACUUAUACUACUUGAAGGGCAAGACAAUUACAGGAGGUCUAGCAGCUUCUAUCACUACAGAUGAGGACACUACCACUUUAUGGCAUAUGAGACUUGGACAUACAGAUGAUAAGUCCCUACAGUCAUUGGCAAAUCAGGGACUAUUGAAAAGUGCUAAGACCUACAAGAUGGAGCUGUGUAAGCAUUAUGUACUUGGAAGGAAAACUACAGUGAAGUUUGGCACCACUAUUCACAACACCCGAGAGAUGGAGUUAAAUGCUUCAAGUUAUGGGACCCACGGGAUAAGAAGAUAG